AUGUCUGACGUUAACGAUGUCGAAUAUCAAGAAUCUGAUAUGUGUGAUGGUCCCGUUAAACUAGAACAACUUUUGGAGCUUGGAGUUUCUGAGUCGGAAAUAAAAAAACUCAAGGAUGCUGGAUUAAUGACUGUUGAAUCAGUUGUGUUCACUCCGAAAAAAGCUAUUUUAGGUAUUAAAGGAAUCUCUGAAAAAACUGCGGACAAGAUUAUUGAAAAUGCGAAGAAAUUGGUGCCCAUGGGAUUUACUACAGCUUCAGAAAUACAUGCGAAAAUGCAAGAUCGAAUCUUUAUCACAACAGGUUCUGCGGCGUUGGACAAGAUGCUUGGUGGCGGGAUUGAGACUGGCGCUGUCACUGAGAUUUUCGGUGAAUUUCGAACGGGGAAGAGUCAGAUCUGCCACACACUUUCUGUAACCGCCCAGCUUCCAUUAGAAAUGCAGGGUGGUUGCGGCAAGGCAAUGUAUAUUGAUACUGAAGGUACAUUCCGACCAUCUCGUCUGAUAGAGAUUUCUGAAAGAUACGGUCUGCAAGGUGAAGACGUACUCGAUAAUGUGGCCACCGCACGCGCUUAUAAUGUCGAACAUCAAAUGGACUUGAUAAUUCAGGCUGCUGCCUUGAUGACUGAAUCCAGAUUCGCAAUACUUAUCGUGGAUAGUGCUACUGCUCUUUAUCGAACUGAUUUUAAUGGUCGUGGCGAACUUUCUGCACGUCAGAAUCAUAUGGGGCAAUUCUUGAAGAGUCUUAUGCGAAUUGCUGAUGUGUUUGGCGUGGCGGUUGUCAUUACUAACCAAGUUGUAGCAUCUCCUGACUCCAAUCCUUUUGCCAGCAGUGCUCCAAAGCCUAUCGGUGGAAAUAUCAUAGCUCACGCAUCUACAACUCGGAUAUCGCUUCGCAAAGGUCGUGGUGAACUUCGUGUUGCCAAAAUAUACGAUUCGCCUUGCCUACCAGAGUCUGAAUGUCAUUUUGGCAUCAGUACCCAUGGAAUUGUGGAUGCAACUGAAUAG